AUGGUCGUCAGAAAGCGAAUGCUCCUCUGGGAUUACACCAACACCAACAGCUUCCCCCAGCAGCUGGACCAGGUUCCCUUCGACAAUGACCAUCCCACGUCGUCAGUCUGCAACUGGAACGCCUGGGUUCCUCCCGAGCUCAAGGGCCGGGCCCCCUUCCGGCCCAUGAUCCACCUGAUCGACGAGACACAGGGCGACAAAUGGCAGUGGAUCCUGAACAGCGACCAGCCGCUGGUGAUCUACUUCAACGAGCCGGAGCGCAACGGCAUCAGUCCCCAGCAGGCCGCCGAGAUCUGGCACAACCAGGUCCUGCAGCUGCGGCAGCGCGGCAAGAAGCUGUGCAGCCCCUGCCCUGCGUGGACCGAGGACGGGCGCGCCUGGCUGGAGCAGUUCAUGGCCCUCGUCGCGGACAGCCCCCCGGACUACCUCGGCCUGCACGCCUACAACACCGACGCCGGCGCCACACAGCGCUACCUCGAGGAGAUGCACCAGCGCUACAACCUGCCUAUCAUAGUCCACGAGAUCGCCAGCAUCUCUCGUAACUAUGAUGAGGUUGUCGCCUUCACUGUUGAGAUGGCCAACUGGAUGGACAGCAAGGAAUUCAUCUACGAGUAUGCCUUCUUCGGGUGCAUGGGACAUUUGGCCGACGACUUUGUCAGCCCCGCGGCCCAGCUGAUGAACCCUGACGGAUCUUUCAAAGACCUCAUGUUCAAGUUGAUGUAUGAUCAGCCCAUGCAUGUUUGA